ACUGCACCUGUUAUGAAUAAUUUUUUAUGGUUGGUACAAGAAAACAAAAGAGAGGGUGUGUUGCAUACCAGGGUGAUUUUGUCUAACAAAUGAUUUAAUCUGAAGUGUGAGCAUACAGUAAUAUUGAUAAUGUACUGUACUACUCUGAAAUGAUCAUACUUUGAGCUUGGAACAUAGAGUAGACAGUUUUGUCAUUCGCUUAUAACAAUCAUUGUGUAUAAAAUGUUCUCUUGAAUAUGCUUUUCAUAUACUGUACGUGGGAUGACUUAUAUUCUCAUGACAUAUUAAACACAUGGCUUUGAGGUCAUUGUAUAGUUUAUUUUGGCAAUUACUCAUGUUAUCAUUAAUAUUUAUACACUGUCAUCUGACUGAAUUACAGUUAUGUCUUAGGAAACAUAGACAUACGUUUGAAAUGUACAGUGAUUCUCUGCAACUUCCGCUAAUCCACGUAAAAGCAGUGUCAUUUUACCAUGCUCCCUUAUGUCAAUACAUCACAAAAAUUGGUCAGAACUCCUGCAGAAAAAUGAAGGGAUGUAAGUAUGUAUUGACUGGCUUAUACCUUUUCACACUGGCUUCUGAGGCUUUAUGAUUAUGAGCUUGUGCUCUCGGGUGAGUUUGUUGUUAGUGCGAGAGUGAGUUUAUGGCCAAUGGUUGUAAUUGCAUAACAGCGACCUCCAGUGACACACAAUUUCAGUGCUUGACACUUUUUCAGAGCUGACUCUACCACUGGGAUUGCAUGGGGUGUGUUAACAUAACAAAACACUAUUGUGAGUCUAUUUUAUGGGACAUCUAUCAAAAAUGAAAAUUCAAUCCAAUGUUCAGAAUUCUUGUUAAAAGUAGGCUAUCCAAUUUAUAAUUUUGGAAAUGGUAAAUGUAGAUCUUUUUCUCAUUGCAUAGUGAAUACUCUAAAAGAAAAAAGUAAUUGCACAGAUUAUUUAAAGGUAUAACUCAAUUCCUGGAGUUUUUCAAUAUUAUUUCAGUUUCAGUUAGUUAUUUCAGGUCAAAACAGUUUUCGUGAUAUUUUAGAUAUUCAGAGGUAUGAUAUAAAGGGGAUGAUGAACAAUUGCACAUCAUAUUAUAAGCCUAAAGGAACGAUUGCGAUGAUAAGGUGGUUGUGGUAUUUUUUAAGAGAUAGGGCAGGUCUGGGGAGCAUCCCAGUACCUUUUGUGCAGAUACAUGGCCUUACCAUGUUAGUGGCAACAGUUGCUGGAACCCCCACAGCACAAUGAACAAAUUUAGAAAAGGAUGGCCUCAGGUGGCAUGAUAUUCCCUACCUGAACACUCAUUGUUUAUCAGGCACCUGCAUAUAUCGGCUACGUAAGUUGUGCAGUCCUCCAGCACAGUGAGUGCACACCUCAGGUGUAAUGCAGUGUUAACAGGUGAGGCUGCUGGCUGUGCAUGUCUUGGAAGAUGCCCAUGCUUAUGUGGGCUAAUUGAUGGAGGACCUUGCAGCGAUGAAGCAGUCUUACAAUUAUGGGUUGGGUUUCCUAAUUGGGAAUACAGAAAAUGUUUCUUGUUAAAAAGGAUUUAUGAUGUAAUUCUAAUUUUGAAAUGAACAAGGUACAUCUUCACUCAAGGCACGAAUUAAGAGCAGGUAAGGUAGGUUUCCAGGAGACAGAGGUGUAAGAGGGGAUCUCCGGUUAUGCAGUUGAGGCUGGGAUUGUGCUGCUCAAGCCAUCCAUUAUGCUGCAUUUCCCCAGCACUUGAUCCUGGAAGCUAGGACACACUUUUUGAAAAUUUUGUAAAAAUGUAAAACAGACAAACAGCAAAGCCGGAUCUGUGACUGCACAAAAUGAAACCUCCAAAGCAGCAGAAAUGGAUGACAAGCACCAAUAUUUCACUAGGAAUUUGUCCGAAGAUAAAACCCCCAGUAAUAUAACUGAUGAAAAACAAAGAUCUAUCAGUAUUGGGUCAACAGCCAUUAAGCUGGCAAAAAAAACAAAUUCCAGUGUUACUAGAAUUUUGACAAGCAAAGUCACAAAGGCUAAAGUCUACCAGACAUCAGCUGGACAUAUUACAACAGGAGACGACAACACAGGUAAAAUGGUGAACAUGACAGCGAUUCCACCUUUGGAUAUAAACAGCUUCGUGAAAGCACCUGAGUGGGGUUUUGAGGAUACAUACGUUAGGGACCCACACCCCAGAAAGACGACAUGUCAGCAGUCCCUCAGGAACUCGAAAGAUGAAGAAUUUCAGAAGAGCUUCAUUCCCGAUAUUCAGCUUUUCAUGCAGAAGAACCACCUGAACCUUAGUGUGUGGAACAAACUGGCACACUUCAACAAUCCCUUCGGCUUUAUGGGUUACAACUACUCAGUGGUGCAGGAUUCAGUGAAGCUGAUCCCUGACCUGAAGGACUUUCAGCUUCUGCCAGUUCCCCCGACCGAUAAAGAAGGCUGCAUCCGCUGUGCUGUUGUAGGCACUGGAGGGAUUCUCAAUGGCUCAAGAAAGGGAAAGGAAAUAGACUCCCAUGACUAUGUUUUUAGAGUGAAUGGAGCUGUCCUCAAGGGUUUUGAAGAAGAUGUAGGAAACAAGACCUCAGUCUACGUCCACACAGCCCAUUCCUUGACCUCUGCGAGGCCUACUCUGAAACAGUAUGGUUUCACAGACAUCCCUGCUGAUGAGGGCAUCAAGUAUGUUUUCAUCCCAGAGGGUCUGAGGGAUUACUAUUGGCUCCAGGGCUUGUACCAGAAGACGAAAGUGCCUGGUGGCCAGUUUCGAAAUUAUCGGCCACUGAGAAACUACCCUGCUAACUUUGAUGUAAGCAAAUUCUACGUUCUUCACCCUGAUUUUCUCAGAUAUGUUCGGAUCAGGUUCAUGCUGUCCAAACAACUUCAUGGUAGACAUUGGAGGCACUACAGGCCAACCAAUGGAGCAUUCACCAUGUUUCUGGCAUUGCAGACCUGUGAUAUUGUGGAUGCCUAUGGAUUCAUUACAGCAGACCAUGCAAAAUAUUCUAACUACUACUAUGAAAGAUUUUCAAAAACCAGGGUUAUUUUUUUUAUUAACCAUGACUACAGUCUGGAGAUAAAAACAUGGAAGAGACUACAUGAUGCCAACAUCAUUAGACUUUACCAGGGAAAAGAGGACACCCAAAAGAAUGGAGAUAAAAUUUAAAAUCUCUGAGUGAUUUUUUCCAAGAAAAUCCUGUGUAAAUAUGAGGGAAAAUGGACUGCACAGACCAAAAGAUAUUUGUUACACAUUCUUCUUGUUGACUGUAAAUAUCUUACUUUCAUAUUUUGAGAGUAAGUGCAAGUGCAGUUUUGCUUUUUAAUUUUAUUUUAUUUUAUUUUAGACUUUUAAAUGCAUUACACAUGCUCUUUUAUUGUGUAAAUAUUUUGUUGUGAAGCAUAUAGUGAUGCAUGGUUUGGUCGUCAUUUAAAGGCAUAAUCAAAUGAGCACCUUAUUAGAAGUCCUUUCCCCGAUGGCCCCUAUGCACAAACUGAUAAUAUGCUGGAGAGUGGUGUUAUAAAGUCCUGGGUUCAAGGCCUAAUUUGUGUGCUGCGCUCAUACUUCCUAACAAGGUGACUUGUCAUUAGAAUCUUGGAAGCAAAUGAAAUGAAACAUUGAAAAAAUAAAUUAGCUCCAUUAUUUGGGAGUCUGUAUAGUAUAAUCAGUGACAGCAUUGAAUAUUUCAAGGUGAAACCCAAAAUGUUUAAAUGGAUGUAGAAUGCCCUGAAUGGUUUCAUAUCCAAUGAAAAUGAAUGAAAUGGGUGGUCAUUUAAUACAACUGGAGCAUUGUAUUUCUAUAUGUAGUGCAGAUGAAUCAACAUUGCUUUAUUUUUAAACAUAAUGAUCUACAAGAACAGCAUGAACAACAGUACAUUAGAUCAUAGUUUAAAAAUAGUAGCAUAUAAUGCUCCAAAGAAGAACCAUUACCUUGCAACACACUACUUAAGACUCACAUUGUCACAUAACUACCUGGCAGUGUUGUUAUGCUAUAUCUAUGCAUUCAUGUUUUGAAGUGAUAAAAUACUGGGUAAAUGUAUGUUAUAUGUCCAGAAUCUGGAAUCUAAAUGAAGUCUGAAUGGGUGUGAUUCUGUGUCAGUGGAACAGACUUUUUCUCAGGCCAAGACAUACUUCUGGAGUAACAUGGUUAACACACCUUUGCCUAUUUUCAUACAAGUACUGCGGAUUCUGCUUACAGUUCAGACUCUAAUCCAAGUUCAUUUAGAUGCAUAAGCAUUUAAGUUUGUGUAGUACAAGCUAUAUAUGUUCUGAUAUAAUGCAUCAAAUUAUUGUUUCAACAUUUUUGUAAAUAUUUCUGGUCCCAUGGAAUAAAAAUUAAAUAUGAUAUAAAUAGGUAUGGGAACAUGAGAGUUUGAGAAUUGUCUUGCUGCUGAAUUUCUUCAUUCUUGUUGCUUUGGGCACCCACAUGCUUUUUUCCCCCUGGCAGCUGGCCUUACUUUUGGUUUGGUGUAGACUGAGAACUGCAUAAUCAGGGCAGUCUGUGGAGUGGAGUGUAACCCAUGCCCACUCAGGGCACAUUGGGCAUGCACCAGUUCUAUCUUGGGCCCAUGCACUGUUUUUGCUCAUUGUGUAGGCCUGUGUAGGCCGCUUAUAUGUGGUGCAGAUUUUUUCUCAGGCAUAAUGCUGCCCUAUAAUAAACAGCAUACUAGGUUCACCAGUACACAGGUUGCUCACCUGUUAUUGUAUAGUUUAUAUUGUUGUGCCUCUGCAAAACAAUCCACACCUUUCUGUCAAUUUUAUGAAAUUCCCUUCAUUUUAGACGUUGGGUAGAAUGAAAGAUUAUGUAUAAUCACUUUUUUAUUUUUUACUUUUGAAGUGUUCAAUAAGGCACAAAACUGUGAAAUGUAUACUUAAUUUUGCUAAUAUAUAGAUGGGAAGUUCCUUCCCGCAGAAAAGUUCCUUCUUUGUUGUGUGUAAAUAUCCUUGUUAAUGACAUGAAUAAAUUCUUUAAACACCAAUGACAAACUUCCAGCAGAAGACAGUAUAAGAACCAUUGUAUUUCCAGGAUAAAACAACUCAUAAAAUCUAAUUCAAAACUCAAUCAGUACCAAAAAAAAAAAAAGAAAGAAAAACCCAGAAACUUAACUCUUUAAUAAAGCCGUUAGUUCUCAGUCAAUGCAUGUGUUCAUUCUCAGUUAAUGAAAUGUGGUGUUUUUUUUAGUUUACUGGGGAAAAUUGAUAAGGGUACCAUGUUGGAGGUCUUACAACUCCCGAAAGUCAAAGAAUUAGUUAAAACCAACAUAUAAUAUGAAUCCCAUAGCAGGCCUAUACUUGUGUGAGGAAACUGAAUAUAAGAAUAUUAUAUUAUUUUACACUGGACCUUUUUAAUAACUAAGAAAUGAUGAGGCAUGGUUCCAAUGUUCGAAAGUCAAAAGUUUUAUUUACAGCAGCCACAAGGAGACAAUCAGCAAUUUGGGGUGAAACACCACACCAAACAGUCCCUUUGGAUUUGCGUAACUGAACAACCAUGUGUGCCAUGGAUCACUCUAAAUGUUCUUUGUUUGUCAAGGCAGGAAGCAGAAAUGUGUAUUGUACAUUGGAUAAUUAUUUUUAAUGUUUUACUUAGAGUGAUCCUUUGUGCAUGUGACUGUUCAGUUACUUCACAAACCCAAAGGGACUGUUUGGUGUAAUGUUUUGCCCUGAAGUACCGACUACCUCAUGGCAACUGCUGGAUUAUAAAAUAAAACUUUUGACUUUCUAACAACAUCAAAAGAAAAACAAUGCCAAAUAAUUUCUUACAUAAGUAAAUAAGCUGGCCGCUGACUUGAACUCCACAUGCAGGACCACUUCCUGCCAGCAGGGCUGGAGGCCUACCCAGCACACCACUUCAGAGAUGCCCUGGAGGAUGGUGCGUCCCAAUCACUAUUUAUCUUAGGUGACCAGCCCUUCCGCUGGUGGACGUUUUACACCCAGAGGGCAUCAGCUAGCUGGUACAACUGGCUGGCGCAGUGCACAUUAUAGUUGCACCUCUGUCGAGUAUACCUGCAUUGGCUAAUUUCUCCCAAGCCAGCUGAUGGAUGUGGUCAAGGCAUGUCAUCUGUAUAAAAUGUAGCUGAUUUGUGUGUGUGUGGUCCCAGCAGACCACCAAAGCUGCAUUUUGUCUGUGGAAUUGAUGAGGAGAAUGAUGUCUGUGUGCUAUGUAAAAGCGCACUCUAAGGAAAAGGGAGAGAGAAAUGUGCUGAA